GAAAACGCUAAGUUAGCAGCUGACGCUGAUUUAGCUAGUAACCUAAUUAUUUAUUUCAGCAAAGUACGCCAGCUGUAACAAUGGUGCCAGCUAAUGGAUACAAACUGCUCAGUACUUUGCACAGCCAGAAUAGGCCGAUAUUUCUGUGUCCUGUUAUCUUAUAUUUCGCAAAAAGCUAUUGUCAUUUCCUGACAUCACUUGCUUUGAAUAUAGCCCUGACAGGAGACAAAAGAUAGUGACAUGGCAGAGAUGGAGGAAGACGUUGGGGAUUUGCCAGCCAGAGAAGAUGACAAUGACUCGGACAGAGAUGAAGACGACAGAUUGUUUGCUUGGAUGGUGAAUGAUGUGGAUGAAGAAGAAGAAGAAGAGGAGGUGGAGGAAUUAUUUGAGUUGGAUAUUCCAGCAGAGCGCAGUGGGCAUAUAGCUGUGGUUCAUAGAAACCUCAUGUAUGUGUGGGGUGGAUACAGGAAUGCUCAAAACCACGGAUUCUUUGACUUGUAUCUGCCGAGAAAUGAGAUCUGGACCUACAACAUGGAGUCAGGAGUAUGGACAAAACAUACAGCUGGAGGUAACCUGCACACAUCCAUGUCGGGCAGCUGUGGGGUGUGUGUUGAUGGAGUUCUUUACCUAUUUGGAGGUCAUCAUGCCAGGGGAAACACAGACAAGAUCUACCGCCUUCCACUCAGUGCUCCUAGGCUUGUUUGGGAGGAAAUGAAGAAUCUCAAAGGACUUCCUCCAUCCUGCAAGGACAAGUUAGGGUGCUGGGUUCACAAGAACAGGUCAGAGGUGGCUGUUUUUUUUUUUAAUUUUUAUUUUUUUCUUUUCCUCCUGAAUUUGAAUGUUUAUUAAGUGUUGCUGUGCUAU